AUGGGUAUCCGGAAUAUAGCUGCCGAGGGUUCGCUGGAAAGGGACAAUGACUGUACUGUGAACAAUGUAAGCCUACCAGUGUUUAAACCCAGAGGAAGGCCCCCAGCUGAUAAAAAUAAGUUGACUGUUAUUGGGACUCUUAAAAAUGAUCCACCAGAUUGGAAAAAAGGCACAACUCUUCCCCCAGUCAUAAAAAUAAUUGGCAAGUCUAAGGAUCAUAAUCGGACAGUCUUCAGCUAUAAAAAUUAUAGAUAUUUCACCUUUAGAUCUUUUCCUACUAUAGAUUGUGAACAAAUUGCAGAGUCCAGUAAUGAAUAUAAAAAAACUAAUCAAAGAAAGGGCUCUCCCAAGACAUCAAAAGUAGUGAACAAGAAGAAAAGUAUUAAAAAAUCUAUUAACUUUGACAAUGAAAUUAUUAAUAAUGUUAGCGAUAAGGUUUUCAAACAUCUUAAGAAAACUGAGAGACUCCCAGUAGACCAAACUGGCAAGAUUGACUUGGGCUACGGCAUAUCUGUACCUGAUGAAAGUUUCCGUAAAAACUUCAAAGAUAACCGCCUUGACAUGGACAAGGCGGCCAAGAAUAUGACGUCUAUGGUUUGGUCAAGAUCAGAAAGGUUGAGCCGAAGCCUUGAGGGCCAAGGCACCAACCGAUUCAAGGACUCAACACCUAAACAACCUGCCACACCUGCAAAAGUUCAGGUUAUUCUUGGAUGUCUGAAAGGCCACAUGCUGAAGGAAGGAGACACUGAGGGUCCUAGAAUGGCUUCCUCAUUCAAAUCAUGUGCUAAAGCUAUUGGCGACAAAUUCGCUCAAGAUGCGUACAACAAGAAACGAGAAGAAGCUCGUGCUGCAAAGGCAGCUGCUGAAGCAGCCAAUGCUUGAAGAUUAAGUUUACCUUCUUAAUCAGCUACUAGCCACUAAGGCAUUUAUUUUCCUUUUCUUGACGGUGUU